CACAACAACCCUGGGAGAUAGACGUAUUACUAUCUCCCUUUUACAGAUGAGGCAACUGAGAUAGAGAGAAGUAAAAUGCCCAAGGUCAUAUAACUAGUAAAUAUCUGAAGCUGAAUUUGAAACCAAAUCUUUCUGAUUCCAGGACCCGUGUUCUAACUGUUGUGUCACCACAUCUUGCUAACUCUAUAUUCCUUUUGUGUCUGGAGACAGGAGCUAGAAAAGAGGGAGGCUGAGUACAGGGUCCAAAACAUCUGUGUACCCUCCCUCUUCCAAGUGGUCUCUACCUUCUCCCUGCCAUGUGGCAUUUCAAUGACUCGCACUUCCAACCAGACAAGUUGCAGCUGACAGGCAUCCCAGGUCUGGAGACUGGAGAAGGGUGGGUAGCUCUCAUCUUCUGCUUGCUCUACCUGAUCUCCAUCGGGGGCAACCUUGCCAUCCUAGGUCUUGUGGUGCGAGAGACUGCCCUGCAUCAGCCAAUGUACUACUUCCUGUCCAUGCUCUCCCUCAAUGACCUGGGUGUCUCCCUGUCUACAUUGCCCACUAUGCUGGGUACUUUUUGCUUCAACUACCGUGAGGUUGGCUUUGAUGCCUGUCUGGUCCAGAUGUUCUUCAUACAUACCUUCUCUUUCAUGGAGUCUGGGAUCCUGCUGGCUAUGAGCUUUGACCGCUUUGUGGCCAUCUGUAACCCCCUGCGCUAUGCUACCAUCCUCACUAACACCCGUAUCGUGGUCAUGGGUCUGGCCAUACUUCUCAAAAGCUUUGUCACUCUCUUCCCUUUUCCCUUCCUGGUGAAGCGGUUGCCUUUCUGCAAGGGAAAUGUUCUGCAUCAUUCCUACUGCCUCCAUCCCGACCUUAUGAAGGUUGCAUGUGGAGACAUCCAUGUUAACAACAUUUACGGGCUUUUUGUGGUCAUCUUUACCUAUGGGGUUGACUCAACCUUCAUCCUCCUUUCUUAUGCUCUCAUCUUGAAGGCUGUACUAGCCAUUGCCUCCCAGGAACAGAGGCUCAAAGCACUCAAUACCUGCAUUUCCCACAUCUGUGCAGUUCUGGCCUUUUAUGUGCCCAUCAUCGCUGUCUCUAUGAUCCACCGCUUCUGGAAGAAGGCUCCACCUGUAGUCCAUGUCAUGAUGUCCAAUGUCUAUCUCUUUGUGCCUCCCAUGCUCAAUCCCAUCAUCUAUAGUGUCAAGACCAAGGAGAUACGUCGUGGAUUUCUCAAAAUCUUCCAAAAAUCUUAG